AAAUGGGAUUAAGCGGCGUUUACUCUGAUUGACCGGAAGAGAUAGAAAGAAGAGAGAGCAGGGGGCAAAGCUCUUUCGAUAAAACCUAAAUGGCGGAAGAGGCGAUACUCCGGUUCCUGCAGAACAAUGAACAGAUCACGGAUUCGGGUCACUUCGCUGCCGAAUUCAACCUCGACCACAACGAAGUCGUCAAUGUCAUCAAAAGUCUCCAUGGUUUUCGUUACAUUGAUGUUCAGGACUUAAAAAAAGAGACUUGGGUUCUGACUGAUGAAGGGAAGAAAUAUGCAGCAGAAGGCUCACCAGAAGUACAACUUUUCCUAGCUGUGCCAGAAGAAGGUAGCAUAUCAAAAGAUGAGCUCCAGAAAAAGCUAGCUCCUUCUGUUUUCAAGAUCGGCUGUUCACAAGCUGGAAAAAACAAGUGGGUGGAAAUGGGGAAGCAAGUCUCGAGGAAGAUUCAACAUGUAGAAGAUAAAGUGAAAGGCCAGCUUUUACAAAUACAAGAAGGAAAGGACUUUGAUAGAGACAGUAUCAGUUCUCUUAAAGCCAGAAAACUCAUAGUACCACAGAUAUGGAAGGGGUAUUCCAUAACAAAAGGUCCUAAUUAUGCUCCCGAGAGAAAGAAAGUGGCCACUGAUUUGACUCGAGAAAAUCUUCAAAACUGGAAAGAGUUAGAGUUUAAGGAGUAUAAUUUCAAUGCUAAAGGAGCGCCUCUUGAAGCGGGGCAUCUUCACGCCCUUCUCAAGGUGCGGAAGCAGUUUAAAGACAUAUUUGUUCAGAUGGGGUUUGAGGAGAUGCCAACAAACAACUUUGUGGAGAGCAGCUUCUGGAAUUUUGAUGCAUUGUUCCAGCCUCAGCAGCACCCUGCUCGUGAUUCUCAUGACACCUUCUUUCUAAAAGCACCUUCUACUACAAGGACUCUGCCGGAAGAUUAUGUUGACAGGGUAAAAUGUGUUCAUGAGUCUGGUGGUUAUGGAUCAAGAGGGUAUAAUUAUGAUUGGAAAAGAGAAGAAGCUAACAAGAAUCUUCUCCGUACUCACACAACGGCUGUCUCAUCUCGGAUGCUUUAUGCACUAGCACAGAAACCUUUUGUGCCCAAGAAGUACUUUUCCAUUGACCGUGUCUUCAGAAAUGAGGCUGUUGAUCGGACCCACCUUGCAGAGUUUCAUCAAAUUGAAGGUUUGAUAUGUGAUCGGGGCCUUACACUGGGAGACCUGAUUGGUGUAUUAAAAGACUUCUUCUCACGCUUAGGGAUGUCGAAACUGCGGUUCAAGCCAGCUUACAACCCUUACACAGAGCCAAGCAUGGAAAUUUUCAGUUACCAUGAAGGUUUAGGGAAGUGGGUGGAGAUAGGGAACUCGGGUAUGUUCAGACCCGAAAUGCUUCUACCAAUGGGUCUCCCCGAAGAUGUUCGGGUCAUUGCUUGGGGUCUUUCUCUUGAAAGACCGACGAUGAUAUUAUAUGGCAUAGACAACAUUCGGGAUUUGUUUGGACACAAGGUGGAUCUAGAUCUCAUUAAAAGGAAUCCAAUCUGCCGAAUUGGAAUCUGAGUGGUAUUCUUAUUGGUUCUUUUACUAUUGUUCAAGAUGAUGCUACUUUAUAUGUUAGCCUUUUUGAUGAUCCCUUGGUAUUUUCAGUUCUAACUCUCCGGUUAUUGGACUUGCAUCCAUAUUAAUGCUUGUGUGUGCUCAACUCAGUUACGUUACUGCUUGUCGAGAUUUUGUUCUUUUUGGUUAUGUUCGUUACUUGUAAUAUCAUCUUUGCUCACUA